GUGGAGAUUAUCCAUCCCACCCAGCCAGGGUCUGUGACAGGACUGAGACACAGAUGCAGCAGCAGCAGUGAUUGAGGUGCUGGGGAGAGAGAAGUUUGGAUCAUCCAGUUCCCAGGCUCACACUUCCCAUGACCGGCAUCACUGGAAAUAUCUCACCAUUAUCUCUACCUGGUAAGCAUUGUGUGACUCUCCAGACCUCUGUAUCAGCUGACAGAUGAAAAGAAACAUGGGCAUUGCUACCCUGAGAGUUGCCGUGCUCCUGGCACUAACUGGACUGGCUAUCAGUAAAAAUGCUGGGGGGUACUUUCAAAAUCUUACUGAAACCAACACAGAUUUCUCAGUAAUGAAUUGGAGCUCCCCUAUGCCCACAAUGAAGCCAAACAGAUCCAGCCUCAUGUGCCCUGCCAAGACUAAAAUCAGUCAUGUCUUCAAGUAUAUAAACACUGCAAUAUCUUGUGCUAUUUUCAUCACUGGAAUGGUUGGGAAUGCAACGCUACUCAGAAUAAUCUACCAGAACAAGUGCAUGAGGAAUGGGCCAAAUGCUCUGAUAGCCAGCCUGGCGCUGGGAGACCUUAUCUACAUUGUCAUUGACAUUCCUAUUGUCGUGUUUAAGCUUCUUGCCGAGCGAUGGCCCUUUGAUCAGUCACUAAUCGGAGAAUGUCUUUGCAAACUGGUUCCAUUCAUACAAAAGGCUUCAGUUGGAAUCACAGUGCUCAACCUGUGCGCUCUGAGUGUAGACAGGUACAGAGCAGUUGUAUCAUGGAGCCGAGUUCAAGGCAAUGGAAUCCCUCUGAUCACAGCCAUUGAAAUCAUUUCUAUCUGGGUUCUUUCAUUUGUCCUUGCAAUCCCUGAAGCGAUUGGAUUUGUCAUGAUAAAAUUUGACUACCGGGGUGAACAAUACCGAACUUGCAUGUUCAACGCUACAUCUCCAUUUAUGGAGUUUUACAAGCAUGCAAAGGAUUGGUGGCUGUUUGGCUUUUAUUUCUGCAUACCCUUGGCCUGCACUGGAGUGUUUUAUACACUAAUGUCGUGUGAGAUGCUACAUCAGAGGAAAGGAAGCCUUAGGAUCGCUUUAAGCGAGCACCUGAAACAGCGGCGUGAAGUUGCAAAGACAGUGUUCUGCUUGGUGGUGAUAUUUGCCCUUUGCUGGAUCCCUGUGCAUCUGAGUAGAAUAAUUCGAAAAACAGUAUACAAUGAAUCUGAUUCUGGCCGAUGUGAGUUUCUCAGCUUUCUGCUGGUGAUGGACUACAUCAGUAUUAACUUGGCGGCACUAAACUCCUGUAUAAAUCCAAUAGCACUCUACUUUGUGAGCAAGAAGUUUAAAAACUGUUUCCAGUCAUGCCUGUGCUGCUGCUGCCAGUCGAAGACCCUGACAAGCACAUCACCAAUGAAUGUUACCAGCAUUCAGUGGAAAAACCAUGACCAAAAUUACUACAUAGCUGACAGAAGCAACCACAAGGACAGCCUCAACUAGCCUCAAACUCAAACAACAGCACCUUGAACCACACGAAAGAAACCAAAGUGGCUGCUUUCUCCAAUAAAUUCUCUUAAAACAAGAUAAAACUAUACCUGCAGAUAAUAAUGAACCCACCAUUCCAUUUUAGAGAAACUGAAGCACUGUCAAAUCACAGUUACAAGCACAUGUUUUUUUAUUGGCUGUAAUACAGUCUUUAUGUUUCAUACUUGGCAAUGUGUGCAACCAGGCAAUUGACAUUCUACAAGCGUUCCAGACAGCGAAGAGAUAAAUAAAGUUAUUUUGAGACUGUCAUGAAAUUACUUUGGUUAACAGUGGUGGAAUCCCUCAGGAAAACUUUGGGCCAGUAAUUGUAAAUGCUGGGACCUUCCCCAAAUGGAGCUUCAGAAUGUCACUGAAUGUACUGCAAGUCCCACUGUGUGCAAAAGGUGGAUAAACUAACAGUAUUUCUAUGGAAUUAUUAUAUGAAACUAUAAUUACUUUGUAUAUAUCAAUUUUUAUUUAACAUUGUUUCUCUAAAUAUAUAUAUUUUUAAACUUAAAGCAUAGAGGAUUGUGAAGUAUUGCAUAAUAGCAUGUGUUUUACUAGCUUUUGUGCAGGAAAGUAAAAUGUUAGGCAUAAGAGAUGUAUUUUGUAGCACUUCAUUAUUUAAUGCCUCACCUUAUACUGUGUGUGCAAAUAGUGGAUCUUUGUUAAUGCAUGGCAACAUGACGAUAAGUGUGUUCAUGCACUGAUUAUUUUAAAGAAGUAUUAUUCACAGUUUAACAUCAAACGUCAAAUGGAACAUAUUAUACAAACUUAACACAGCACAUUUUUAGGAUGCAGAUAUUCCGUUUUAUAAUGCAUUGGGAUAUAGUGGCUUGACCGGCGGUUGGGAUCCCGGUGGUCAUGAUACCCAUGCCGGAAUCCCGACCGCUUACAAUGCCGGUAGCCGAAAAGCCGGCAAACGUGCUAUUCCCACUCGUGGGUUUCCACGACACCCAUAGAGUGGGAAUAGAACCUGUGGUGAGUGCAGCGAGCCACCGAGCCAGCUGUGUGGCUAGCGUAGCGAGCCCGCAAGGGGCUCCGUUGCGCUCAGCCCCCCUUCCCGCCGGCAUUCUGACGGCCAAGAUCCCAUGGUCGGGAUGCUGACCUCCGGGAUCCCGACCGCCGGCAUUACAGCCCCAACCCAAUGCAUCAAUGGAAAGUACAAUCAUGGAGGACAACAGUAGAAAAUAAUUUCCAGGAACAUCUCACAUGUUGGGAAUGAAGUGUCGUAGCUACUGGUUGGCUAAGGUGGCACACACCAGGGACGCUAAUAGAGGAAGGGAUAGAGUGGGUGAUGCCCAGCUCAGGUACCCAAAGAUUGUAUCUCCUGGAGGACAAGCAGCCACCCAACACCAGGGAAGUCUGCCUGAAAAAUGAAACCAGUCUUGCCUUUUGGUCCAAGCUCCUGUCUCUGUUCUCCAUCAUAGAUUCUCCAGAAGUGGAGUGAGUGUGACUUUAUGUUGUUAUGAUGCAGCUAAGUAGCAGUUUUAGCUAGUUAUGGCCUUCACUUUGCCAUGGCCAUCUGGCCUACUACAUACAGUACUGUGUGCAUUGUGCUAUCCAGGUAUAUUUUAUUCUCCACCAUGUUUAACAAUAUUAAAUCAUUUUUAUGCUCAUUUUAAAAUCAUGCUUUAAUAACUAAGAAUACAUUAAUGAGUUUCUGCCUUUGUACAGAUAGCUUUAAUAUUUACUGACCACCAUAUAGUAGUAAAUAGGGGGUUAAGAAUUGAAACCUUCAAACCUCCCUUUAACCUUAAACCCAGGCUCCUAUGUCACCGUGGCUCGAAAUAGUGGAAGGAUCCACUGGUUCAAUCUUAUUUAAAAGAGCUCUAUAGAUAAGAUUUGGAUAAGAAAUUUUUUUUUUUGAGGAAACUUCCUAUUUACUACUAACUGGUUUUAGUUAGUGGAAAAAGCAUUUCAUGGCUAUUGCAACUUAUACCCAGAAAAUAAGAAAAUGUAGCAGAAAUUAUUAGUAUAGAAAGACAUGGACUUUUGUAGGUACUUACAUUUCCAAAGACGAAUGUAAAACCUACGUUGUGUUGGCUGUAUCAGUGCCUGUACACAUUCUAUGGUACCUUUAAACAUGACUGUCACAUAAUCUGCAAUACAUGCAUUUAUUAUACCAACCAGCGAGAGUGAUGAAGAGAACAUAUACUGAUGAUACAUGUAGAAGGGUUCUUAUUUUCCCCAGAUACAUGCACCAAUGAACAUUAUGCUUAUUUAUUGUUAUUUCUGUGCUUUUCAGCCAUUUAUUUAUAUAAUGAGAGGUUCAUAUUGCCCCAGUAUUAGACACAACACUGUUGUCUUGAUACCAUUGUAUCCAAAACAAACAGAAGAACAGUGUUGUGUCUUCUACCAGGAAAAAAAAAAUACUCUGAUUAAGUAAAUACUUGUCUGAAAAGCACAGUAAAGAGACACUGUAUACCAGGGCUGGCCAAACCAGUCCUCGAGAUCUACCAACAGUUCACAUUUUCCAGACCAGUUGCACAGGUGUAGUCAUUACUAAUUAAGAUGUACUGCAUUCAUUCCUAACUGACAUUCUACAGAUCUCCAGGAGGCCUGGACAACAUGAACUGUAUGUAGAUCUCGAGGACCGGUUUGGCCAGCUCUGCUGUAUACGGUAUUUAGUGAAAGUUGAAAAAGACCAUGUACAAUUAAAUAAAUAUGAUAGCCAUCUGAAAGAGGACAACAUCUUUAAUAGGUAAGAGCACCUAUUUACAUAUACAGGUUGAGUAUCCCUUAUUCAAAAUUAAAAAUCCCACAUUUUGGGGUCCUCUACUGAGAUAAUGACCAAUAUAUUAUAUAUUAUGUGUAUAUAUAGAUAUAUUAUUUAGAUAUAUAAUAUAAUAAUAUAUCUACAUAUAUGUCUUUAUCUCAUUAGGGGAACCAAAAUUGUGUGAUUUUGGAUAUGGGAUACUCAACCUGUAUACGUAUGUAUGUAUGUAUGUGUAUAUAUAUAUAUAUAUAUAUAUAUAUAUAUAUAUAUAUUUAUAUAUACACACUGGUGAAAUAUACUUAAAUUGAAGUUCAAUUUAAGAUAUGAUGUUGUCCAUAGCAACCACUCAGAUUCCAGGUAUUACGUUCUAGAAGGUGCUAGAUAAAUGAGAAGUAGAAUCUGAUUUGUUGCUAUGGGCAACAUCCCAUCUUAAAUAGAACUCCCGUUUUAGUAAAUUUAUCCCAGAGAGA